UUAACACCUGCCACUUGCACUAUUUCGUCAUUGACCGCCGCACUGGAGAAGUCCGGAAGUCGAAGUCGUCCGCCGGACUUUAGCGCGCUCGCGUUCACCAAAGAAUGACCACAUUCCUGCCUUUUACUGUUUUUUUUGUUUUGAUUGGCUCGUUUUCAUCCUUCGCCACAUUUUCCCAAGCUGGUUCUGUCAUCAGGAAACGGCUGGAUGCUGUCUGCGGAGAUGAGGAGUACUUAAGCAACAACAUAUGUUGUCUAAACUGCCCAGCUGGUUCCUAUGUAAAGUCCGACUGUAUCACAGCACAUACAAGGGGGCAGUGUGAGGAGUGCGACCAUGAAACGUUUACCGAACAUGCCAGCAGCUUGAAAAAAUGUAUCUCAUGUGUCCAGUGUCGCUCAGAUCAGGAAAUCGUGAGGCCUUGCAGUCCUACUCAGAACACUGAAUGUCAGUGUAAAGAAGGAACAUUUUGUGCUCCUGAAGAAGCAUGUGAGGUGUGCAAGAAGUGUUCAAGGUGUAAAGAAGAUGAAAAAGUUGCCAGGAACUGUACUGCUACCUCCAACACUGAGUGCAAGAAGAUCCCCCCGCAGUCAGAGCCUCCCUCAAAACAUGUUCUCUAUGUCACUCUGGCUAUAAUCGCCGUUGGUUCAGCAUUGGUGUUUGGGGGAAUUUGCAUGUACAAGAAGAGUUCCAGAUCAGCAGGCACACAGCAAAACCUGGAGAAGGAUCUGCAAAACGUGCAGCCCACCAGCAGCCAUCCAAACCAAAGUGUGAGAUGCCCCAGUCUGUACUUCUUCCAGUCAGCGGUGAGAAGUCCACAGCCAGCCGUCAUGGUGGAUGAGUGUCAACACUUGUGUGAAAGCAUCACCAGCUCUGCCAGUAACUCUCAGCAAAAUCUAACCAUGGUGCACAAAGACGAACAGCCAUUUUCCAAAGUGAUGCCUGUAAAUGGUGUCCAGUCUCUACGGGAGUGCUUCCAGUAUUUCGAGGACGUCGACUGCGAUUACCACAAGAAAUUCUUCCGCCAGCUUUGCAUGAACGACAACGUGAUCAAAAGCAAGAUCCAUCUCCCGUAUGAUGACAGGAUUCACGAGUUGCUGAACAUCUGGUUGGAGCGAGAGGGGAAAGAAGCCAGCUUGAAUGAGCUCCUGAGCGCACUUUUGGAGUGUGACCAGAAGCAAACAGCUGAGAUGAUCAAGAAGAAAGCCUUGGAAGAAGGUCAUUACAUUUUAGAGAAUAAAUAAAGCUCUAAUUAUUGGAAGGUUUUUUUUAGUCGGUUUGACGGGUUUUACUCUAAUUCCGGAUAAUCCUGAUCGAAAGACUGCAUGAGCAAUAUAUUUAUCUUGUACAGCAGUGGUCGCUAAAAUCAUUUUUUUUUAAAAUAACUACAAUGUGCAUUUGCAGUGUAUUUAUUUUGGAAAUGGAAUUGUUUUAAUCUAUUACUAAUGUAUUGUCAUGUCUGUACUAAUAUUACUAUAGUUGAGUACUGCUGAUGAAUUGCAAGAUCUCACAGUUGUAAUAAUUGUAACAGCACAGUUGUAAUAGUUAGUACAUUGUAGUUGUUACAGCACAGUUGUAAUAAGUGUUACAGCACAAAGAGCAACAAAUUGAACCAAAGUGCACUUCUGAGCUCCCACUUGAAUGCAAAAUGUUUGCUGUUGAAAUCAUGACACUGCAGUUUUACACGAAAUGAAUAUGUUUUAUUUUGACUGCUUAAUAGCUGUGAUUGCUUUUCUAACAAUUGCUUUUUUCAAGUGUGUCUUUAUUUCAACCUCAGGAAUUAUUUAUUGUAAGACGAGCAAAGACACAUUUCACUUGGUCAGGAAUGUGAUGUUUAUGGUAAUUAAUGCUGCUUUACUCUGCACAAUGACUUAGUGUUGGAACAAAUGUACAACCUCACUGGGAGUCAAAACGUACUUCAUGAAGUUUUUCGAGGUUUCCUAUAUAUUUCUUCUCCGUUGCAAAUAUGUAUGAAAUGCACUUUGGAUAUUUUUGCUUGAGUCAGUUACUCCGUCCAUCCUCCUCCGCUUAUCCGAGGUAGGGUCACGGGGACAGCAGCCUAAGCAGGGAAGCCCAGACUUUCCAUUUUCUUUUCAGUUACUUCACCCUCACUAAAUAUGUAUUCCUAACUACUUAAGUAGUACAAUUUGAGUCCUUAUGAGGUGUUCAGCAUUAGAUUGGAAUACUGCUGUAUUUUGAGUAUUUUUUAUUUCAAAGUUCAGAAGAUAUAUUAAAGUAUUUCUUACUGUUUUGCA